AUGAAUAUAAUGAAACUAGGGACUUUAGUUAUUUUGAGUGCAGGAAUCCUUGCAUGCACUUUUUUUCUUUUUCAGACGACUUCAACAAAAUAAUGGUGAUGCCACUGACCCGUCCUCUUCCAGACCUGCCUCGAGUUUGGGGACAUUACUGCAACUUGAAGCCUAACCGAGUAGAAAUGGAGUCUACAGGUACUGGGCAUUGUGUGUUCUGGUGAGUUUUGCCUCCCUCGUCCUACAGUUUUCCCAAUAGACUUUUGGAAAAAAAUGCUUUUUAGCCCUAGAAGCCACUAGUCCCGACGACGACGACGAAGGUAUAGUUGAUACCGAUACUAGCUAGCGAGCUUAUCCCUAGCUGGAACUUUAGUCACUCAAGCCGUCAAGUCUCAAACCUGCAUACUCCAAGGCUUCGAGACAGCAUUAAGAGCCAGGCUGAAAGCCGAUGGAGAGCUACCUCUGAUGGAAAUGCUGACACAUACCCACAGAGGUUCGCUAGCAGCUGAACAAGUCUUCUACGAAGACUAGCCUCAGGUGAAAUCUAAAAGGAGGAAGAGCCCCCUAAUCUAUCAUAAAGUUAAUGCUAAUGUAAUGUUCCAGACGACUUCAAGUCCUCAUAAGCGUAUCAACGAAAACUACUUUUUAGUUGCAAAUUAUUUUAACUCACAAGAAGCCUUAGAAUACACAAUCCCUGAAAUAAAAAAACUCUUAAAAGAGCUUAGAAAUGGUGAGAACCUCUAUGUGAGUUUUUUUGAAAACGGCAGCGAAGAUGACACUGCUUCACUAUUAAAGGAAUUUCAGAAAUCUUUGGAUAUUCCUAACACAAUUAUUGUGUGCAAUAUGACAGGAAGUAAUGCAUGGGAAGGAAAACAAAUAUUAGGAGAAGAACUUUCCAAAAAAGUCUUUAAAAUGAAGGCCGAGUAUCGAUAUCGAAAAAUGGCUGGAAUCCGUAAUGUGGCACUUUUACCUUUAUAUGACCACACCUUUGAGCAUAAUGAAUGGCCUACAAAAAUUGUGUUUCUCAAUGAUAUUUAUUUUACAGCUGACGAAAUUCUGGAAUUGAUUUACACAAAAGAAGGGAAUUUUGACGUUGUAUGCCCUUUAGAUUUUUAUUAUGAAUUUUAUGAUACUUUAGUUGCAAGGGAUGUAGAAGGGUACUGGUUCUCUGGGAAUUAUCCAUUUACUCGUCACAACGAGUCUCAGGUCUUAAUAAAAAAUAAUGAGCCUUUUGAAGUUUAUUCGUGCUGAAAUGGAAUUGCAAUCCUUAAUGCUGAACCUAUCUUAAAACAAGGUGUCAAAUUUAGGCCUAGAAAAUAUGACUCAGAAAAUUGUGAAUGCCCACAAAGCGAGUGCUUACUGAUAUGCACAGAUUAUAGGAAAAAGGGAUAUGAUAAAAUUUAUAUUAAUCCUAAAGUAAGGGUGAGCUAUGAGUGAAAAUAUUAUAUGCUUCAUAAAUAUCCAGUAUUCAGAGCUCUGGUAAAUUUAUAUCAAUGAAUGUGGUAUGAAUUUAAUGAAGUUUCAUAUGGAAAAAAUGCUUCUGAAGUUGGAUGUGGAAUGCCACCUUAUUUUGAUUUGAAAAAAGAGCCAAAAUAUAUGUCUCUUGUUAGUUCUGAAUGCAAGCUGCCAUAUAGAGAAAGCCAUGCUUUUAAUGCUACUCCAGAAAAGAUAAUGCAGGAGCAAAAAUACACAGAACGAUUUUACAAUAGGCUGCUAUCGACAUGUAUUGAUGACAAAUAA